AUGCUGCCCACCAUAGACGACAUCUUGUACAAACUCAGCGGAUCCAACAAGUUCAGCAAGCUUGUUGCAACUUCAUCCUUUUGGCAGUUGGCACUGGACGACGACUCCGCGAAGCUGACCACUUUCAUUACACCGUUCGGUCGGCACUUCUACAGACGUCUCUGCUUUGGAAUCACCUCUACGCCUGAGAUAUUUCAGCGCGCGAUGCAAGACAUUCUAGCGAGCAUAGACGGUGUUGAGUGCUUUAUGGACGAUAUCUUCCUGCACACGGAUGGUCAGGAGAAACAUGAUAAGCUGAAGAAGAAAGUCUUCCAGCGGCUAAAGGAGCGUGGGGUCAAGUUGAACAAAUCCAAGUGCAAGUUUGACAAGGACGAAAUCGAUUUUCUUGGCCACAUCAUCAGCGGGAAGGGUGUAAGGCCAGACCCAUCCAAGGUCAGCGCCAUCACUGAGAUGCCAGAGCCUGAGAACAUUACAGACUUACGACGAGUGCUCGGCAUGGUGAACUAUUUGGGCAGCUUUGUGCCAAAUCUGUCAACAGUCAUGAAGCCGCUCACCGAUCUUCCGAAUCACGAUGCUGAGUGGGCGUGGACUCCAGCGCAGUCAUCUGCCUUCCCUGAAGUCAAGAAGUUGCUGUCGUCGGCUCCAACACUCGCCUUCUUCGACAUGAGGAAGCCUGUCAUUGUAAGCGCCGAUGCAAGCAGCUACGGACUGGAGGAGUUCUUCAGCCAGUGGCCUACUGUUCCAGAACUAUAUCUAGGGCCGAAAAAGAACUACGCUCAGAUUGAAAAGGAACUGUUGGCGGCCACAUGGGCGUGCGAAAAGUUCGAUCGCUACUUCAUCGGGCUGCCGUCAUUCACACUGCUCACCGACCACAAGCCCAUUGUUCCCCUGAUCAAUUCUAAGGAACUGAAUGAUGCACCUGUCCGCUGCCAACGAAUGCUGAUGAGGAUGAUGCGCUACAGCGGAAAAGCAGUAUACACCCAAGGGAAAAACAUGACUGUCGCAGACUCCUUGUCCCGAAGUCCAGUAGUGAGCACCAAGCCUGAAGAAUUUGGUGAAAAGAUCGAGGCUCAUGUCGCUACAAUCCAGAUGUCAUGGGAUGCCACAGAUAGCAAACUUGAUGAAAUCAAAAACAAGUCUCAACAGGAUCCAGCGAUCAGUGCUGCGAUACAGUACACAAGAAGCUGUUGGCCGAAAUUCAUACAAAACGUCAGGUCCGAAGCUCGCGACCUCUACGCAGUUUCCAGUGAACUGAGCGAAGUCCAUGGACUACUCGCCAGAGGUAACCGCAUCGUAAUCCCAAAGGCAAUGCGAGGAGAGAUGCUCAGCAGGAUCCACGACGGUCACCUCGGAGUGUCGAAGUGUCGAGAACGGGCCAAAUCUUCCAUUUGGUGGCCUGGUCUCAGCUCUGAGAUACGGGAAGUCGUCUCAAGAUGCGAACAUUGCCAGCGGAAACGUCCAGCACAACCAAGCGAACCUCUAACCCCGAUAGCUCUACCUGAGCGGCCGUUCCAGAUGGUUGGUGCUGACUUCUGCAACUACAAGGGACAUGGCUACCUGGUUCUCGUGGACUACUUUUCACGGUACUUGGAGGUGGCCUACAUGCCAGACACCACCUCAGAGACUGUUGUGUACAAACUAAAAAACAUCUUCGCUCGGUUUGGCAUUCCAGAACUACUGGUGACUGACAACGGUCCCCAGUUUGUGUCAGACCGUUUCCACAAGUCUACACCGGUGUCACCGACGAGGGCGAUCCCAGCGGAACUUGCUCUUGGGCGACGCCUGAGGACGACCCUGCCAAUCCUACCGUCAAACCUGAACCAGCAGGUCUACGACAGGGCGAAGAUUGCAGUCAGAGACGCUGAGUCGAAGCGUAAGUACAAACAAGCUUUUGACAGACGUCACGGAGCCCAGAACCUCCCGGAGCUGAAUCCUGGUCAGCUCGUCCUGCAGAAGCUGGAGAACGAGAAGGAGUGGGGUGGCCCUGCGGUGGUCAAAGAACGGUGUGCACCGAGAUCUUACAUCAUACAGUCAGGGGAUAGGGCGUGCACCGAGGUCUUACAUCAUACAGUCAGGGGAUAG